AGCACCAGUGCAGUUUGACAGUUGUCAACAUCAACAGACACUGAAUUAAUCCAAGUCCUCAUAAUGUCAUCAAUAUCUAGUCAUCAUGAUGCAAAACCGAAACAUGACCUCAAAAUUGCUUUACACGCCAUAGUUUGUCAUGAAAGCAAACUACGAGGUGACAUAACUAUAGGGGCACAUACAAUUGUACAUCCUAGAGCGACUAUCAUUGCUGAAGCAGGACCCAUAAUUAUUGGGGAAUCAAACAUAAUUGAAGAACAGGCUCAUAUAAUCAAUCGUUUGCCGCCAGGAGCUGAUCCUUCGUCACAAAUUGUUAUGGAAAUAGGCAAUGGGAAUGUUUUUGAAGUGGACUGUCUGUUUGAAUCCACAAAAAUGGGGGACCAGAAUGUAUUGGAAGUGAAAUCUCAUGUUGGACGAGAGGUGGAAAUCAAAAGUGGAUGUAUUAUAGGUGCAGCGUGUAAGCUUACAGGAAAAGAAGUUUUACCUGAAAACACAGUUGUCUAUGGCAGGAACUGUGCCAGAAGAAUUGCUAUGGACAAACCACCAAUUCAAACUCUUCAAAUUGAAUUCUUAACUAAAACUUUAGUAAACUAUCACCACUUGAAGAAACCUCGCAGUGCCAACUCCUGAACUUGAUAAGAUAUUGUAUUUUUAUUGUAUUUGUUAAAACUGUUUUCCUUUAUUGGAACUAUUUAUAUGAUGUUGAAGUUGCUCCUAAAUUUAAGGAUAAUUGGUUCAUGUAUAAUAAGUAUUUUGUAAUUUAACUUUAUUAAUUUUUUAUAUAUAAAGUUAGAUGAUCACAUCUAAAUAGCUAUCACUUUCACACAUACAAUUUAUUUCCACGAGGCUGAAAGUGUCAAAAUUCACGCAUUAUGUACAUUUGAUCUUGCUGACCAAUAAACUGAUAACCUUC